AUGAACCAUAGGAAUCAAUACGACCAGGCUGUUGCAUUGGAAGCGGAUAGCGAUUUGUUCGAUCUGAUACAGAGGAUUCAUUCUCUGCACUGCAAUACAAAUGGAGAACUCAACCUAAGCCCGCUUCGCAUUUCGGAUGCGGUUCAUAUAUGGCAGGAUCUUGAUGAUUGGGACUCGGUAGGAACAGAUCUUAUCAAUGAGGAUGACAACUUGCACGAGUCCUAUAAGUUUGCGUUGUUUAUCUGGGCCUACAUCAUCGUACACCCAGCUGAAGUUGGCGGGGAAAAGGUUCAGGACACUUUACACUAUGCCAUGUCCAAUAUAUCGGAAGUCGAGGCCCCUGAUCUGGUGCCGCUUGUCAUUAUUCCGCUUUUUUUCAGCGGACUGGUAGCCAUCCGACAGAGUGACCGAGAUCUGGUCAAUGAACAGUAUGAGCGAGUGGAGAGUCACACCGAACAUGGAAGCGUCAAAUGCUCCAGGCACAUUGUCCGAUUGAGCUGGGAGAAUCACGAUAAUGGUAUGGAACGAAGCUGGGACUGGAGGAGAUGGCGCGACUCAUCGUCGGCUGAUAGUUGA